GAGAAAUCUCUCAUCGGCACCUAGUGGCUGCUUCCGUGCUGGACCAUGCUAACUGUGUUCCGAGUGAGACGAGCCGGGCAGUCAAACGCUGUUAACGUCUUCUCUUCCCCCUUGCCCAAUUCGAAAGCACCGUCCCAUCCCAUCAACGUUGAUACGCUGAUCCUCUCAAGCGCCCAAGUAGAGUAUCCGUGGAAUUGAAGCCUCGCAACGAACACACUUACCCAGUACUUUCGAAGAAAUUGCUAGUGGACAGGUUUCAAGACACAGGUGUCCGAACUGACAAUCCACAUUAUAUCAAUUUUACAAAAUCACAUAAAUAUUUCAUAAUUCUGCAAUAAAUAAUAAACACCCAGUUAUACAGCCCAUUCGGCUCUCUCAACUCAGUAAAUCAUUGGACGAUCACAACCUUGCGGUAUCAAUAACACAGACAGGCAGUUCAAUAUGGUCCCAGCUUCUCGCUGGUCCCUCUUUCUCUUCGCUACACUCGCUACAUUAAACUUCACCAAGGCUGCCAAUCAGAACACAUCUCCCUCUCUUCUACCCAAGCGGUAUCUUGUUUCACUGAAUCGUGACAAAUCAACUUCGUUGGAGGACUUCAAAGCGCACCUUCAUAGCAAGGGAGUUCAGCAUGAAGUUGUGUUGGAUAUGACCAAAGUGCUCCCCGACGUGUUUUACGGUCUUUCCGUGAGACUCUCGGAUGAGGACGACCUGCACCACUUGGAGAAUUCUGCUCAUGUGGAGAAAAUCAGUCAAGUUGAAAAAAUCAGACGCGCUGGUACAUUCGACGAGAGGAUUGUAGAUGCACCUAUAAAUUCAACUCCAUCGCUAUUUCCCCCUCAAGUCCAGAGUCGGAUCACCGAACUUCACAAAAUGGGAAUUUACGGAAAAGGUGUCAAAGUAGCUUUAAUAGACUCCGGCGUUGACUGCAGCCAUCCGGCCUUAGGGAAAGGAUUCGGGCCAGGAUUCAAGAUAGCCUUUGGAAAAAACUACGCCACCGAUGAUGACGAAGACGAAAGUGGGGAUAGCGACUCUGUCAACCACAGCAUCGAGCCCCAUGGCUUGGGACCUCGAGCUAUGCACCUUGCGGCCAGAAAAAACAAACAGGAAAAGAAAAAGAAAAAGAAAAAUGACAGUCCGUGUACCCAAUGUACAUCCCACGGAACACAUGUGGCUGGAAUAGUUGCCGCGACAGAUGUCGGCUACGGAUUUAUGGGAGUGGCUCCCAAUGCCACCCUUGGGAUGUAUCGUGUCUUUGGAUGUGGUGAUGAGGGUGAUUCCAGUACUGAUUCUCUCGUUGCGGCCAUGUUACAAGCUCACAAAGAUGGGGCCGACAUCAUUUCAGCCUCCAUAGGUGGCCCUGGCGGUUGGGGGCAGGGUGAAGAGCUGCUGACCACUGUAAACAAAUUAGUUCAAGAGAAAGGUGCAAUUAUAAUUGUCGCAGCGGGCAACGAAGGUUCGGAGGGAUUGUUUUUUGGGGACAAUCCAGCGUCAGCAAAGAAUGCCAUAUCAGUUGGCUCGGUGGAGGCACAAUCAAUAGUGGCGGGAAAGUUCAAAGCUUCAACUGGCAAGGAGCUCACGUUCUACCGGACCAGCACACUGAACCUCUCUGGCGAGUAUCCGGUUUAUAUCACUGCCAAUUCGACCGACGACUCAAGUGAUGCUUGCGACGAACUCCCCAAGCAUACACCGAAUCUCACCAAUCAUAUCGUGCUGGUUAAGAGAGGAACUUGUCUUUUUUCUAUCAAAGCAAAGCACGUCGCGGCCAAAGGCGGGAAGCAAAUCCUUUUUUACAUGAAUUCAACAAGUAUUGUCACCUUACCCAACAAAAUGGCAAAUGCUUCUACUGCCCCGAUAUCAUUGGAAGAUGGGAGAUAUAUUUUCCAUCAGGCCAAGAAGGAUCCCAAUGGUUUCAAAGUUUCAUUCCCGCCGAGCGGUCACUUUUAUCUCAAUGUUCCCGACGGCGGUGCCCCGAGCAACUUUUCACAAUAUGGUCCUAGCUUCGAUUUUGAAAGUCCCCAGCCUGCGGUGGCUGCUGUGGGUGGCAACGUAGUUUCAACUUACCCUACAAAAGACGGUGGUUAUGCAUCCCUAAGCGGUACUUCUAUGGCCACUCCGCAGAUUGCUGGCGUAGCUGCAUUGAUAUUGAGUGCGAGAGGCAAGAAAUUUACUGGUUUAACUAUGCGCUCUCGAUUGGCAACCACGACCAAACUCAUAAAUCGUGCCAAAUCCCAUAGUCUUGACUCCGCUGUUCACCAGGGUGGAGGCCUCAUCGACGCUUUCUGUGCUGUGUGGACAAAUACCACAAUCUCAGUUCCUGGCCUGGUCCUUAACGAUUCAGUCUCGAUUCGGGCCAACCAAGAAUUUACAAUCUUUAAUAACGGCACCGGUGUCUUCAAUUACGUCUUAACCCACCGCCCAGCAGUAACGCUGGAAACCUUCUCGUCAGACACAAAGUAUGGCCGCCCAGAUAUCAAUCCCAGUUUUUCAAAUCAGUCAGCAGUGGCCCAAAUUAGCCCCGAAAAAUUCAGUUUGCCGCCAGGCUCAUCCCAAGUUGUCAAAGUCAAGUUCUUGCCUCCCCAGAACUUGGAUCCACAUUGGCUCACGGUUUAUUCAGGCUUCAUCGUGAUGGCUUCCGAUGCUGAUUGUCAAAGCCACAAUGUUCCUUAUUAUGGUGUGGUGGGAUCCCUCAAAGAACAACAAAUCCUAGACCGAGGUCCAAAUGAGAAUAAAACAGCCAGCUAUCCCUAUCUUGCUUAUAAGAAGAAGAAAGAAUCUUCCAAGGAUGGAAAAAAUUCCACCGAUACAAAAGUCAAAGCCCAGCCCCCACUGAACACUACUUUUGUAUGGGACUUGAAAGUACACAACACGACCGUCAUUCAUUUUAGAACACUCUUUGGCACGCGUCUUCUUCGCGCUGAUGUACUACCUGGAAGUUCAUUCUUAUCCAACGCAACGGGCAGUAAGGACUUUGAAAAAUCAUUCAGGGGCUCACGCUUGCUGGGUCUCAUACCAGACAGUGAUACUGUGUCACUUUCACGGUCUAGUGCGGACGAUUCAUAUACCCAACCCUGGAAUGCCACAGUUGUUACGAAAACCAAAAAGAAACCUCACUUUUUACCCAACGGAAACUACAAGGUUCUCCUUAGGGCUUUGCGUGUUACCGGAAACAAGACGAACGAGGCCGACUAUGAGUAUUGGGUUUCCCCGCAGUUCAAAUUGAAAAACUCCCGAGGGUAGAUGGGCAGACUUCCCCAUACAUUCCCUUUGAGUUUGGGAUGCUUCCCUCGCACUUCCACCUGUAGAUGUACAUACAUUCCAAUCAAACCCAUACUGUAGAGUGGCCUUUUGUUUUUUGCAAACAUUUACCUCUCCUAAUUUAUUUUCUCAUCAAAUCUCAGUAUACCAUAUCCGUUUUUUUUUUCUCGGAAUGCUCUUAUCAUUCAAAUUGAAGUGUUCCUGAAACUUUCUGUUUGUCAACUGUUUUGACUCUUCCUUUGGCAAAUUUUGGUUUUUAGAAUCUCUUUUAGUUGUUUUGAAUUGUGAGUGCAUGAUUUCUGGGGAAGUUCAAUUUUAUUAUAAACCUGUCAGUAUUGUG